AUCGUGUCAUUUUCAGUGGUAGGUGUUUGAAGUUCAUGAAAUAAGUGUGCAGUUUUUGUUAAGGGAAAAAGAUGGGUAUCUUUAUUUUUCUCGCAGCCAAUGACACCUGCUAUAACGGGCAUGGAAGAGCAAGAAAAACUACUUGAAGAUGCAAUUGGUGUGGUUAAAGUGCAAGCUUUCCAAAUGAAACACUGUUUGGACAAAUCAAAAUUAAUGGAUGCAUUAAAACAUGCAUCUACAAUGUUGGGGGAACUUAGAACUUCUCUUUUAAGUCCAAAGAGUUACUACGAAUUAUACAUGGCUAUUACUGAUGAACUAAGGCAUUUAGAACUUUAUUUAUUAGAUGAAUUUCAAAAAGGAAGAAAAGUUACAGAUUUAUAUGAAUUAGUACAGUAUGUUGGUAAUAUUGUGCCUAGACUGUAUCUACUUAUCACAGUUGGAUUAGUAUAUAUAAAAACAACACCUGGUUUAAAAAGAGAUUUACUAAGAGAUUUGGUGGAAAUGUGUAGGGGUGUUCAGCAUCCUUUAAGAGGUCUUUUUUUAAGAAAUUACUUAUUACAAUGCACUCGUAAUAUUUUACCAGAUGUUGCUGAAGAUGAUGAAGAUGGAAGUGUUCGUGAUAGUAUAGACUUUGUCUUGAUGAAUUUUGCUGAAAUGAAUAAAUUGUGGGUACGCAUGCAACAUCAAGGUCAUACUAGAGACAGGGAGAGAAGAGAAAGAGAAAGAGAAGAACUUAGAAUUCUAGUAGGAACUAAUCUUGUACGACUUAGUCAGUUGGAAUCAGUUACUUUAGAGAAAUAUAAAAAGCUUGUUUUACCAGGAAUCUUAGAACAAGUAGUCAGUUGCAGAGAUGCAAUUGCACAGGAAUAUCUUAUGGAGUGCAUAAUUCAAGUUUUUCCUGAUGAAUUUCAUCUCCAAACAUUAAAUGCAUUUUUGAAGGCUUGUGCUGAGUUGCAGAAUGGUGUAAAUGUAAAAAAUAUAAUUAUUUCAUUAAUAGACCGUCUUGCAGCAUUUAGUCAAAGAUCAGAUGGUGUAGGGGGGCCAGGAAGUCCUAAUCAAGUACCAGGAAUUCCACAAGAUGUCAAACUUUUUGAUGUUUUCAGUGAUCAGAUAGCCAUAAUUAUACAGACCAGGCAAGAUAUGCCUCCAGAGGAUAUAGUUUCCCUUCAGGUAGCCCUCAUUAAUUUGGCACACAAAUGUUAUCCUGAUAGAGUAAACUAUGUGGAUAAAGUUUUGUUAACAACUGUUCAAAUAUUCCAAAAACAAAAUGUAGAUAAACUCGAGUAUAAUAGUGCUGUAUCAAGAGAAUUAGUGAGACUAAUGAAAAUUCCGAUAGAUAACUAUAAAAACAUAUUAACAGUUUUGAAGCUCGAACAUUUUGCUCCAUUGUUAGAUUACUUUGAUUAUGAAGGCAGAAAGUUGUUGGCUAUUUAUAUAAUAACAAAUAUUUUAGAAAACGAGACUUUAAUACCAACUCAAGAACAAGUAGAUGCAAUUCUUUCUAUGGUGUCUCCAUUGGUGCAAGACCAGUUAGAUCAACCCAAUAUAGAAGAAGACCCUGAAGAUUUUGCAGAAGAACAGGGUCUUCUUGGUAGGCUGAUACAUCAUUUUAAGUCUGAAACAGCUGACCAACAAUAUAUGAUAUUAAGUGCUGCGAGGAAGCAAUUUAAUGCUGGGGGAAAUAAAAGAAUAAAAUAUACUCUACCACCAAUUGUCUUUCAGGCUUAUCAGCUUGCUUUUACAUAUAAAGGAUUAAAAGAUCAAGAUGAGAUGUGGCAGAAAAAAUGUCAAAAGAUUUUUCAAUUUUGCCAUGCAACUAUUACUGCUUUAAUGAAGGCUGAACUGGCUGAAUUGCCACUAAGACUAUUUCUUCAAGGUGCAAUAGCUAUAGGAGAAAUUCGUUUUGACAAUUUUGAAGUGGUGGCUUAUGAAUUUAUGAGUCAAGCAUUUUCAAUAUAUGAAGAUGAAAUAAGUGAUUCUAAGGCACAAUUAGCAGCUAUUACAUUGAUUAUUGCUACAUUUGAACAAAUGAGUUGCUUUAGUGAAGAAAAUGCGGAACCAAUACGCAAUCAAUGUGCUUUAUAUGCCAGCAAAUUACUAAGAAAACCAGAUCAAUGCAGAGGAAUUGCUACCUGCUCUCAUAUAUUUUGGUCUGGAAAAUCGUUAGCAACUGGAAAAGAAAUGCAAGAUGGAAAUAAAGUAUUGGAUUGUUUGAGAAAAGGUGUCAGAAUCGCAAGUCAAUGCAUGGAUACUUCAGUUCAAGUACAACUUUAUGUAGAAUUGUUAAAUCAUUAUAUUUAUUUCUAUGAGAAAGGCAAUACUACGUUCACUGUUCAUAUUUUAAAUCAAGUGAUCGCAAAAAUUAGGGAAGAACUCCCAAACUUAGAAGUUAGUGAAGAAACAGAACAAAUUCAGAAACAUUUAGCUAAUACAUUAGAACACUUAAGAAAUAGAAUGGAAUCUCCAGAAACUGAUUCAUUGUAUCAGGGACUUGUUCUUUAAUAUAAUCAUAAUCAAUUUUGUAUAUAAAGAAUCUGCUGAUCAUUUUACUGAAAUGAAUAUAAGUUCUAAAAACAAACGCUUAUUAGGCAUAAAGUACCAUAAUUUAAAUCACAUCAGUGUGCCUGCAAAAAUUAAACUGUUAAUGUAUCAAACAUUAUUUGUUAAUUCCUGAAAUAUAAUCUGUAUAUUUGUUUUAACAAAUAUUUUAACAAAACAAAUAUUGUAUAAACAUCAUGAAUUUAAACUAUUAUU